AUGUCGGUCAUGAUGAGUGGGUCUUCGAAAUCUACAAGCAGUGGUUUUUUUUCUGCAAUAUCCAGUCUCACGCAGCCUAGGCAACCCCCAUCCACCGUGACACCUCCCACCUCUGUCGAUCCGAGUAGCUCUCCUAUCAGGAGCAGCUCUCCCGUGUUGCGGGACAGCUUUGACCCAACGGUCACCGACUUGCGUAAUAGCCCGCCUGCCCUUGCCUGUGACAAGGGUACCAAGUCCGUUGUAACCACGAAACCCAAGCGCCGUGGCGACUGCGACGAGGAUCUCGAAAUACCCUCAAAGAGAUUCAAGACAUUGCAAACAACCUGGAAUUGCACCGACCAACCUUCCGAGACUUCAAUAUAUUUCAACGAACGCAUGCUUGAGCUUUCCCGUAUCACUCGCCGAGCUUUUUCCGCGAGAAUACGAUACCAACGCCUUCGUGACCAUGAACUGGACCUGAUAAAGUCCCUCCUGAAUGAUGAGAAAGAACUAGUCCAAACACAUAUGAAAAAAAUCGAUCUGCAAAUUGGCUCUCUCCGAAACACACUCGAGGAUGCGGGAGUGACGGAGAUAGGGAACAAAGGAUUUCUACGUGAGCCUGCGAUCAAACAAGUGCUUACUAAGCGAGCGAACGCGUAUCACAAAUUCCUCACUCAUCUUCUCGUCGACCCUGCGGAUAUCUUUGUCUGCACUGCCCGGCAAAAACUCCACUCCCCUCGUAGCACAUCAAGCAAUAUCUCGGACUCAGGCUUCUGCAUCCGCAUCCUCCAAAGUGCAUCCAUGCUAAAUCUCAAAUGGCUGCGAUUGCAAAUAUUCCCCGACCCCAUCGUGACGACUCGGCGGCGGAAGUGGGGUUAUGGGGGUUCUGCUAGUCAUGGUGAAGUCAGCGGUGGCCUAGGCACCUACCCAAUCAUCAGGGAAAACUCCGGAUUGUGCCAAGCGCUCGCAAUCAAGUUCCAACUGAUGAAAUUACUCGCCAUCGUUGCAAUCGCCUACGAGCACCACCAAAUCCUUUUCCGUUACUCUCUCGUGGCGCAGGAACACUAUACCGAAGUCCAAACCGCGUCCAUGUCCCGUGCCGCAAAGUCUCGAAGUACGAGUACGAUAUAUAACGACUUCAUCAAAGAUGAUGAACUUCGUUCCUCUGGCUGGCUCAUUCAUCGGUCUGCAUCAGCCAGUACGUUAGCUGCAAAUACUAGCAUCCGCCCUCCAACCACACCAUCUGCGGUUUCAGAUUUCCGAGUCAUCGAGGAGGUCGAUCCUGCAUUUAGCAUUACAGACAGAGCCAUUGAAUGA